AUGGCUGUAAACUGGACUUUUGAUCAUGAUGAUUAUUCACCAUUUGGUUCAGAUGAACAUAUUUCAACAACAGAACAUCGAUCAUUUUUAAUUACAAUAUUUUUCUCUCUAAUUGGUCUAUUUGGAAAUCUUAUUCUAUUAAUUGGUAAUGGAUACAUUCUUCGACAUUCAAUGGAUGGUGAAAAACGUACAUUUGAAAAUUUUCUUGUUGAAAUGUCAUGUUUCGAUUCAAUUGUGCUUUUAUAUCAUUUAAUCAAUGCAAUUGUUCGUUAUAAAGCAUCACCGAACAGUGAUAUUCAUACGAUGACAGGUUUAAUUAAUAUAUCAGCUGUUUGCUGUAAAUUAUUGACAUAUAUUGUACGUGUUUCAACAUUGAUGUCUCAUUGGUUAAUUGUGUUACUAUUACUUAAUCGAUUAUUUCUUGUUUAUCCAACAUUCUAUCGACUUAUAGCCAUUGUGAAUGCAAAAUAUGCUGUCCUUGCUUUGGUUUUUAUUUUUACUUUCUUCAAUGUUCUACCGAUUGAAUCAAUAUCUUAUAAUGUACCAAUGGUUUUUCUAUCUAAUUCAACAACCAAUAUAACACUUUAUCGACAUUGUUUAAUGAAUGCUGAAAUGGUUGAUUUAGAAGCAUCAAUUUAUUCUACUGCAGUUAUUAUUAAUGUUUUUUUCUAUACUGGCAUUGGUCUUAUGUUACCAACAGUAAUUAUUUGUUUUCUAUCAAUAUUAAUAUUUCAUAAAGGGGCGCAUCUUUGGAAAGAAUUACAUUCACAUCAUUCCCAAACAGAGAAUAUUUCUCUUAGAUCUAAUUCUCCAAUUGUUGAAUAUCUUCGUACAUAUAAUGCUGCAUUUACACUUGGAAUUAUAUUUUUAUUUCUUUCAAUUCCAUGUAAACUACUUCGUCUAAUUGUUCUAUUUGCAUCUAACAAUACUGAUGAACCAAAAUCAUCGCGUCAUAUUCUUUUUCAAGCUCAUGCGCAAAUGCAAACAGUUGGUCAUGCAUUUGAACUUUCACUUUAUUCAUAUAAAUGCUUCAUAUUUAUUUGUACAAAUCGUCGUUUUCGUUGUGCAUUAAAAUAUUUGGUAACAUAUCAUCGUAGUCAUGUUCUUAUUGAUCAACAUCGACCAUCUACAAAUAGUUCCUGUGGACAUAAAGAAAUACAAGGAAGGCAUUCACAAGAAAGUGUACCAUUUGAAGGAUUAUAUAGACAUUUGCAAAUAAAUGAAUUCGAACCAACAAUCAAUAUGUAUUCAACUGGUGUACCAGCAGAAUUAUAUAGUUAUCGAUCCAGUUUUAAAACACGAUUAAGCGUAUCCAGUCGACGAACAAAAGAAGACGAAAUAUCGCUUUGA